AUAUGAACCUGUGCGUUACUAAUGCUCAGAGUUAGUGGACUUUCUUUAGUCUGUCGGAGAAGUUAUGGGUUGUGGGGUUUCAUCUAUCCUAGAGAAAGCCCAGCUGUUAGACUAUUUUACAAGACAUUGAGCCUACUUGGGAUACCAGUUGGAAUUUUAACAGUUUAUAUUGCCUUGAAAAAUGAGCAUCAUCAUGAAGAAGAAAUGAAAGAAAAGGAGACAUUCGUUCGUGUUUUUCCCAGAGAGAUAAGGCUACAUUGGGGUGAUGGUAAAACUUACUUUACGGAUCACAUUUCGAAAUUAAUAAACUAUACGCCGCGCGCCACAUCUACGUUCCCUAAGCCAGCAGAUUAGCUAAUUUGGCUUGUAAAUUUCUUAGUCUCAUCGCUUGCUUGUUAUGCUGGUUUUGAUAGUCACCAAGUUUUUUCUUGUGAACUCACCUAACGAUUUAUGUAGAAAUACAUAUGUUGUUCGUAGUUA